CCGACUUGCAUAGGAAGAGUGCACUGUGAAACCUGCUGGGUUGCUUGUGGGAGUGAAAGAAAAGAAGAGAAAAGCACUCACGAUCACAGGCUCUGGUCACUGCACCGCCGGCACUGGGCAACAAUCAAUUAGAACUCCUUUGGGCGGACCCCCGCAUGUCCGACGCGUCUCCGCCUUGACCUGCGCGCGUCUUCCUUUCCUCGAGCCAUACCCGACCUUUACUGAGAAUCCAUUUGCCUGCCUUGUUCGCAUACCACACAGAGGACAGCUCGACUCUCUUCCUUCUCACCCAUUAUCUCCAUGGCUCAAGCCGAAUCUUCAGCCAGCGCUGCCCGCAAUGGACUCAAACCCAAUACGGCCGGCGCUCCUUCCGACUACGAGCUUCCUUGGGUCGAGAAGUACCGCCCGAUCUUCCUAGAUGAUAUUGUAGGCAACACAGAGACCGUUGAACGAUUGAAGAUUAUCGCCAAAGAUGGGAAUAUGCCACACGUGAUAAUUUCUGGCAUGCCUGGUAUCGGAAAGACAACCUCGAUUCUGUGCUUGGCAAGGCAAUUACUGGGAGAUGCAUACAAAGAGGCUGUGCUUGAGCUGAACGCCAGUGAUGAAAGAGGUAUUGAUGUUGUGCGCAACCGGAUCAAGGGCUUCGCCCAGAAGAAAGUUACACUGCCUCCUGGCCGUCACAAGAUAGUGAUAUUGGACGAGGCAGAUAGUAUGACGUCUGGUGCCCAGCAGGCGCUACGACGUACCAUGGAGAUAUACUCGUCUACGACUCGUUUUGCCUUUGCGUGCAAUCAAUCGAAUAAGAUUAUCGAGCCCAUUCAAUCCAGAUGUGCCAUCCUUCGUUAUGCCCGGUUGACAGACGCCCAGGUUGUGAAGCGGUUGAAACAGGUGUGUGACGCCGAGAAGGUGGAACAUAAUGAGGAAGGAAUUGCUGCAUUGGUAUUCAGCGCAGAGGGAGACAUGCGGCAAGCCAUCAACAACCUCCAAAGUACAUGGUCAGGGUUUGGCUUCGUCAGCGGGGACAAUGUUUUCAGGGUGGUCGAUAGUCCACACCCCAUCAAAGUUCAAGCCAUGAUCAAGGCCUGCUGGGAAGGGAAGGUGGACGUUGCCCUCGACACACUCAAUGAGCUCUGGGACCUGGGAUAUUCUUCACAUGAUAUCAUCAGCACUAUGUUCCGAGUAACCAAGACCAUUCCCACUCUGUCAGAACAUUCCAAGCUCGAAUUUAUCCGUGAGAUUGGUUUUACACACAUGCGCAUCUUGGACGGUGUACAAUCUGUGCUGCAGCUAAGCGGUUGUGUCUCUAAGCUUUGCAAGAUCAACAUGAGACCUCAGCUUUUUGAGCCACCGAGGAGCUGAAAACUCAGUCUUUACUACCGAAAUUUGCAUUUAAGUGGCGUUAGUGGCAUUAGUGUAGGAGGUUGUGACAGGUUCAUUCAUCAGGUAUCUAGCAUUUCACUUCAAAAGAGCUCCGGAUUAUUUACAAUGUCAGGGUACUAGCUGAAGGAACUACUUUUGGCUGCAGUUGAUUCAAACAAUACUCCUCGGAAGAGCAUAGUGGUCUCACGAAGUCAGAUAUUUGUCAAGUCUGCUUUAGAGGCAUGGGAGCUUCAGGCAUUCUUGCCCCUUCGGGUGGCUUGUUCUUGCUUUUGAACUCGUCGCACAUUUGCUCGAAUGUCACCCAUUCUACGCCUUCGUGUUUGUUGAUAUGCUCAAUGAUUCUGUCAUUGUUAGGGCCCAGCUGCAAACGCUACGAAUGAGACAUAGAGCCGCGCCAACUCACCUCUCAUGCAUCAGAAGCACAUGCGGACGUCCAGACACGUCAGGAUGUAUAGUCAUCGG